AUGGCCUCCGACAUAUCCUGGCACAUUAGCUGGGCAGUCUAUGGAUUUUGGGGUGGGAUACUGCUGAUAGGCAUCAUCAACCGUUUCUUGUCGCAUCUCCUCUCCUUCCGCUGGACUACGAGAGCUCGGGACGUUGAGGGUCGUGAAGGACAAAGAACAAGGCCAUCACGCUCUUCCUCUCUGCUAGGUUGCGUCCAUCAUUGGAUUCAAGCAAACCUGAUCGUUCCAACGGCAAUUGGCUCCAACCAUCAGCGUCGGGCCUGGCUGGGAACUAUUCCCACAAGAACUGAAGCACUGGUUGUCACAGGUUUCUAUGUCCUGAUAAUUUCGAUAUGCUGUAUCUCAUAUGACCUUUCCUGGACAAGCCUACACUACACGGAAGCGGACCAAAAGUGGAGGAAUAUAGCUGAUCGGACGGGGAAGAUCUGUUAUGCUACCUUGCCAAUUUUGUGGAUUUUUGCCGGAAGAAACAACAUCUUCCUCUGGUUGACUGGCUGGAGCUAUUCGACCUUCAAUGUCUUCCACCGGCACGUCGCUCGGGUAUCCACAAUCCUGGCAGUACUCCAUUCUGUGGCAUUCACGGCGAUCGAGGCCAGCAAAGAUCAUCUGGCGGAAUCGUGGCGGGAGAAAUAUUGGUAUAGGGGUGGUAUGGCGACCAUCGCGCUGGCUCUGCUCAUGGUUUUUUCCUCAUCGUUCUUCCGAAGGCGGUGCUAUGAGGUAUUUCUACUCUUGCAUAUCACGCUGUCCGUGGUCACGAUCAUCGGACUUUUCUAUCAUACGAAACCCUUUGACGACAAAUUCAAUGACUACCUCUGGCCGGUUGUUGCCAUCUGGACGUUUGACAGAGGUGCUCGAGUUGUACGGCUAGUGUAUUGCAACCUCCACUUCCAAUUUUCGGGCAGACCUGUUGCGACAAGGACGACCGCUACUUACCUGCGGGACGCUGACGUGAUAAGGCUGGAGGUUAUUCCAGGGUCAGGUCUUCUUAACCCUGGACCGGGCCAACACUACUUCAUCUACCAGCCGGCAACGUUGAAAGGCUGGGAGAACCAUCCCUUCACUCUGGGCGCGUGGCAUGCUCUCAACCAGCCCAACACUGCAGCGAUUGUAUCCACUUCGAGCUCGAACGAUGAAGCCCUCAAAAAGAAGGAAAUUGAAGUCGAGGUCCAGCCAGUAAACUCGCCAAUGACACCGAUCGGAGCCAACUUCAUGAACCACAAACGCAGUAGCAUGGUUCGGGAUGCUGAGUACAAAUUGGUAUUUUUCGUUCGGCCAUACGGUAGUUGGACGCUGCGCUUGAAGCAGGAAUGUCUCAACUCUGUCACUGGCUCGGUCAAUCCCAAGGCAUUGAUCGAAGGACCAUAUGGCGAGCGCAGUCCAUUGCACCUGUAUGAGAACGUUGUCCUCAUUGCUGGAGGGACGGGACUUUCUGGUGCGCUGCCUUAUCUGCUCGACCACAUUCGGCGAGCAACGAUUGGUGAAACGAGGACUCGACAUGUCACUCUCGUCUGGUGCGCGAAGCAGGCGGCAAUGAUUCGCGACGUUGCCGCUCGUGAGCUCCAAAUGAUACUGGGACGAGAAGACGUGCAUGUCUAUUUUCAUGCAACAUCACAGUAUGAAACUCCGAUCACAGUCGACACAGAUAACCUCGAGAAGUGGAUGCUUGCGUACCCUCAGCUGAUCAUCUCUUACCGUCGACCCAACAUCAAACAUACUGUUUUCAGUGUGGUGAACGACGUCCAUACGGCCGGCUCAGCAGGCGAUCGAGUUGCGAUUUUGACAUGUGGUCCAGCUGCCAUGGCAGAUGAAGCCAGGUGUGCUGUCCAUCAAGCUCUGAAAGAAGGGAACAAGGGAGUUGAGUACUUCGAAGAGACUUUUGGGUGGUAAGAACCUAGCUAAGCUGAAUUGAACAGGAAGAAUGUGGCGAACUUGGCGAGCCUGUCUUCUGGCGCACAAGAUUUCUGAGGUUCCGGUGUUAUCAUGCUCUCACUAUUCUCUCCAUUGCCUGGAUACUGGAAGCUAUGGCCUCACUGAAGAAUACACAGGCGAGAAAUGUUUUCUUAUCAGCGAGUCUGGCAUGCG